CUUCUGUACACGGUGUCUUUCCUGCACACAGUUGUUCAGGUUUUUAAAUAUUUCACAAAUUUAAAUCAGCUGAUUACCAAGCCCCAUUCACCAAGUGCAGUCUCUUUUUCAAAAAACUUUUUAUUACGAGUUCGCUGGGCACAAACCUUUCUAAAAUGUCUAGCUUAGCCUUGAUAUCAUAAAUUUUGUGUAGCUUAUCCUUGAGAACACAAAUUUUGUAAACAUUUUGUCUGGCUUAUCCUUGAGAUCACAAAUUUAAUUUUAAACAUUUCUAGCUUAUCCUUGAGAUCACAAAUUUAUUAAACAUUUUGUCUAGCUUAUCCUUGAGAUCACAAAUUUAAUAAACAUUUUGUCUAGCUUAUCCUUGAGAUCACAAAUUUAUUAAUAUUUUGCUUUCACCACAUAUUCUAAUUUUGGUGCAUCUUUUAUUUAACAUAUUCCAAUAUUUAUGGGGUUCAAAAUUGAAGUCUGGGACCAAGAAUAUGGCAAUGACAUGGAGAUCCGCUGAUUCUGUUUAUAGCAAAUUUUAAAAAAUUUAAAAACAAAUUGAAUGGAUUUGUGAAAAUAAAUGUCUGCUCCCCCCCACCUCCCCACCGGACAUUUAUUUGCCUGUAAACUGAACUCAAUAACUUUGUUAAGACUGACUAUAUAUUACUUUGUUAAUUUAAUUUAAUACAGGGAUAUUUAUUUCCACAGCAAGCAUAAGAAUUAUGUCUAAUUACAUCUUUAUUGUUAUCAAAUUCAUCAUCUGAGCAAAUUUUUAAAAAAAUUACCAUAAUUAAUUAUUUUAAAAAAAUUAAAAAUUUGAUGAACAUCGGUCUGAAAACGAGCUAUUAUCAUUUAAAACCUGCGAUCUAUCCAUUUAUGAAUGAUGUAAAUUAUUUUAUUUUAAACAUGCUAGAGGCCAUCCAUAAAUAAUGUCAUAUGUCUAGGGGGGGGGUCGUCACAUUUUUGUGAUGAUUUUUUGACAAGGAGAUUGGGGGUAAGCAACGUGACGUCACAUUAAAAGUGAAAUAUUUUUGGAAAAAGAGAGCAACAACUAGCAAUGGCAGCAAAUAGGUCUCCUGCACCACAGGGGUGGGGGGUGGGGGGGGGGCAAAAAAAUCAAUUAAAAAAAAAUUGAAGUCAUUUAAGGAUGGACCCUAAAAUGUGCAUUACCACUUAGGGGAGAUAAAUCAUUUUUUUAUUAUUGAAUUCAAAACAAAGGUAAAAAAUGAUGACAAAAUGUGAUAAAUUAUGCUAUUUUCGACUUUUAAUAUUAGGUUUACAGUUUUUUUAUGCUGUUUAACAUUUUUAGAGGGUUUUUGGUGCCAAUUUUGACCCAAUAGGGUUGGCACAUGUCAUAAUCUGAAAUAGUUCAAUUCUAGCAAACAUUUUAUAGUAAAAGUAAUAGUUGUUAAAAUAAACCAUUCCAUAAAUUAUUCUUCAUUUCACCAGCCUGAAAAAAACACCAAAUUCCUAUGUUGCACAUUAUUGCGCAUAUAGUCUUCUAAAAAAAAACGUUUGUUCUUUGUUCUGUCUGCUGAGGAAGGUUCUUAGCGGAAGCCUUCUUCUUUUAUUGUCUUUCUAUUUAAGCUUCCACAUACUUUUCUCUUCUAUUUCAUUUACACAUCUGGAGCGCAGUCCUUCAUUUAUUAUCCUGUAAAAAGUAAAUUUAAGUUAGAUUAGAGUUCUAAGUCUUCAAGUUCAUAGAUAAAGGUUUUGAACACCAAAGAUAAUUAUAUUCAGAUUAAAAACUAGAGGUCGUGGAAUUCUAUUCAGUUUGUUUAUAAUUUACAGAUCAAGUUAAUUGAGUAUACAAGCUGUGGUAUUUAGUAAUCACGUUUUAUACUUAUUGUAUAUAAAGCACAUAUAUUUUUUACUCUUCUAAGUUAUAGAAUUAAAAACAUUAAAAGUGCAUUUAUUUGUUAAAGUUGAAUAGCAGGAAAAAAAAAAUCAUGUAAUUUCAAGGGAGAUAAAAAUGUAUUUACAAAGAGGAAUAACUUUAAUUGUUUUUAAAUUUUAAAAAUGUAGUUUUUAAUUUAUAAAUCUUUUGAAUUUUUGUUAAAUAAUCUUCUUAAAUAUAUUUUAAAAUUAAUGUCAAAAAUUAAUUAAACAUAUUAUAUCAAUUUUAACUUAUAAAAUUUUAAAUCUAUAAAAAUAAAAGUAAUAUUUGAACUAAUUUAUAACCUUAAAUAAAAGUGAUAGGUUUUUAAAUAUAAUAAACUAUUCCAAAGAGUUACAGUGUUAUUUAUUUUCUAGUAAAUAUAUUUUUUGUAUGGGCCUUCAAAGCCUUGUCUUAAACCAAGUAUGGAAGCUGACAAAUCAAUUUCUUGUAACACUCUGAAGUGACACAUUGUCUUUUCCAAUGAUGAAGCCUAGAAUGACAACUCAAGUGCUAUUUCUUAUAAUGUCACUUAAUGUAACAUCUUAUCUGUUGCAAAGAAGUAAACUUUAAACAAAUGCAAGUUCACAAUCAUUGUUAAGAAAUUCUGUUUUUAACUUUUUCUUGUUUCAAUUUAAGUCUUGGGGACCGUAGCCAGUCUUAAAUGCCUGUCUUACAGAUUGUAUGAAAAUGAAGCAGCUGACUUGAUUCCAAAUGAAUUUCUUUUAAAGAAAUGGCAUUGAACCUCCAUUACAGUCUUUAUCUUCCCAGUCACCAAAUAUUAAGCUCAUUGAGAUCACAAGCAAUGUCCACCAAGAAAGCAAAAGUUUCCAUCUUGUCUACAUUUGUGUAAAAUUCCAAACUCUUUUUAAGAAACUGUUAAAUAGAAGUUGCUGGGAUGAUGAAUAAAAUUGCUUAUGAUGAAAUUAAAAUGUUUCUUUACCAUCCCUCCUGAAAAUUCACUUCUCAGUUUUGAUCUCAGAACAGACUGAUGAAUGACACAGUGAUAGAUAUAUCGGUUGAACUGCUUUAAGAUGUCUUACAAGUCCUAGUCCACUAUGACGGGGGGAGGGGGUUAGCUGCUUUAAGAUGACUGACAAGACCUAGUCCACUAUGACGGGAGGGGGAGGGGGGUAGCUGCUUUAAGAUGUCUGACUAGACCUAGUCCACUAUGACGGGGGAGGGUAGAAGUAUGGACGCUCAUAAAGAACGUCAGGCUGCUUUAGAAAUUAUUAUUAUUACUAUUAUUUUUACAAUUUCGGAAAUUGUUGGCAGGCCAUUUAAAAUUACCUUGCAGGACAGAUUUUAGGCUCUGGACCAGAUUUUGAGUACUCCUGCUGCACAGCGUACAUAAGCUUGAUAACUUAAUGUUCCAUUUAAAUGUUUUAAUAUUAAUGCUUUGUCAGAUUUUUGUGGAGUUUUUAUUAAUCUGGUUAUUUUUUUCUGGAGUUUAACAAGUAUGUGUUAACAUUCACCGCACAUUCACAUUAGUACUGGAGGUUAACAAGUGUGUGUUAAUAUUGGCUGCACAUUUAGAUUCUGCACAUGCACAUUAUUAAAUUUAGUGGUUAAAGAAAUAUAAUUACUUACACAUAAGCAUAAAUAUAUUUUUGUCUUGAAAAUACCAAUGGCUCUUAUCUUAGGAACGACGGAAGUUUGGUCCACUAGGAUGGAACAUACCUUAUGAAUUUAAUACCUCUGAUUGGGGAGCUAGUGUCCAGUUCAUACAAAAUCAUCUUGACGAUAUGGAUGUAAAAAGGGUGAGUAGUGAUUAGCAUUAGUGAAAUAGACUUAAAUAAUAGUAAAUUGCUUGGAGGUAUUUAUAAAUUGCUAAGAGGUAGCGAAUUCUGAUCAAGUAGGGAUUAGAUGGCAGUUACUCUACAACCAAUACAGUAGUUGAGUUCUUAAAUUUUUUCAGAAGUUCCACUUCAUUUCUGUUAAAAUGCAUAAUAAAAAAAAUUCCUUUGUUUUUUUUUUUUGUUAUAAAAAUUUGAAUUCAAAUUUUAUAAAUAAGUAAUUAAACUUUGACCUUACAUAAAUUCCGUAUGUGUUGAUUUGAAAGUGGAUGUCAAAUACAAAUCUAUGACAGGGUAUUUCAUGGCCAACUGUGAGGUAUAUGAUUG